CGCCGGCUUGCUAUUGCCAUCCAGUAUUACCUUUGACGGUCGAAUGCAUGGACGUUCGCCGUCAGUGACGUCGCGGUCGACACUCGUGCCACACGUCUAUGAUGUUUCGGUGAUUUCAAAGUCGGACUCGUGAGUGAACGAAAACUCGUAGCCUAUCAAUAUUGGAACACAGUGACACGUACAAUUUGUACAACCCUGGAUUUGGAUGCUGCUAAUGUUUUGUGAAAAGUGAACAUUUUGGAAUUUGUGGAUUUUGCAAGUGCAGUGAACUACCAAAAAAAAGAUUGCAAGUGACAAAAAAUAAAAGUUGACGGAUCUUGAAGUGCAUUAAAAGGAUCUUUAUCUCCGUGGAGUGAUAAAAAGAGUUAUUGGAAGUCGACAGGACGGCGAACUCUAGUGGCUCGUCUGGAUACACAACAGCCAUCGGGUACCAGGGAGCACACGCUCCCGAUACUGCAAAACUCAACUCCCAACAAGGGACCAUUGGCUACAGAGUCAACAUUCCUAGCGGCUAUGGGUGCGCCGGCGGUUCGGGCGCGAUGAGCGGCGGCGGCGAGAACGCGCAGUUCGGCGCCACCGCCGCAAUGGUCGCCGCGGCCACCACGGCCGCGAUGCAGGACUCGCAGCCAUUUGGCCAGAUGCAAAACAACAUGACUAUGGGAAAUCCCCAAUAUGGCGCGAUGAACGGCUACGGCCAGCAGCGCAGUCAUAACCCAGCCAUGAAUGGCAUGGGAAUGGGAGGAAACGGUGGAAUGAAUGGUAUGACCGGAAUGAGUCAGAUGAGCAACGCCGGAAUGAACGGCAUGAACGGUAUGAAUCCCAUGGCGCAGAUGGCGAAUAUGGGUAUGCACGCAAAUAUGAUGCCCUCGCAAAUGGGUCCUGGCCAAAUGGGCGGCUCGGCAAAAAUGGGACCUGGGUACCAGAGACGACACACGCCAUACCCGUCUGGAACCAUGCUAAUGAGCCAGAGAAAAACUCAAUACAUGGGUGGUCAGCCGGGCUUCGGCCCAGGGCAAUACCCAGCGGGAUACGGGGGCAGACCGGGCUUCCAGGGUCAAUACCCUCCACAACAACCAUUAGGCCCUUCUGGAAACUUUGGAGCAUCUAUGAGAGGAAGCAUGAGGCAAACCACACCGCCGUACACAAACCAAGGACAGUACUUCAACGGUGGUGUGCCAAACCAAUUUCCUCAACACCAAGGAAAUAAUGCACAGUACGGUGGUCAAUACAGUGGACAAUUUGCGCAGGAAGUAGCUAUGCGCACUAAUAUGAGCUACCAACACAGUCCAGUUCCUGGUAACCCCACACCGCCUCUUACGCCAGCAAGUAGUAUGCCGCCAUAUAUUAGUCCUAACGCUGACGUAAAACCUCACUUCAACGACCUCAAACCACCGAUGGGCAUGCAAAAUGGUGCGUAUCUAUUUUCAGAUGAUGAGCUCCGGUUAACAUUCCCCGUAAGAGAUGGUAUUAUACUGCCACCAUUUAGAUUAGAACAUAAUUUAGCCGUUAGCAAUCAUGUAUUCCAAUUAAAACCCACGGUCCAUUCAACAUUAAUAUGGAGGUCGGACCUUGAGUUACAACUUAAAUGCUUCCAUCAUGAGGAUCGACAAAUGAAUACGAACUGGCCAGCAAGUGUUCAAGUGUCAGUUAACGCAACGCCAUUAGUCAUAGAUAGAGGCGAGAACAAAACAUCACACAAACCGUUGUACCUGAAAGAAGUGUGCCAGCCAGGCAGAAACACCAUACAGAUCACCGUCUCAGCCUGUUGUUGUUCACAUCUAUUUGUACUACAGUUAGUCCACCGACCGAGCGUCCGAAGUGUCCUCCAAGGACUAUUACGGAAGAGAUUGCUAACAGCAGAUCACUGCAUUGCCAAAAUAAAGAUGAACUUCAACCAAACGCCGGCAAAUAAUAAUGGUUCCAACACGGGUAACGAUAGGGACAGUGUGGAACAAACCGCAUUAAAAGUAUCGUUAAAAUGUCCUAUUACCUUCAAGAAAAUCACAUUACCAGCACGCGGGCAUGAAUGCAAACACAUACAAUGUUUCGAUUUAGAAUCCUACUUACAACUCAAUUGUGAAAGAGGUUCAUGGAGAUGUCCUGUUUGCAAUAAACCAGCGCAGUUAGAAGGCCUAGAAGUAGAUCAGUAUAUGUGGGGGAUUCUCAACACGUUAAAUAGUUCUGACGUUGAUGAAGUAACCAUUGAUAAUGGCGCUAAUUGGAAAGCGGCUAAAAGUCAAUCAAGUUCUGGAAUCAAGCAGGAAGACGAUAGCAAUGAUAACAGCGUAGGAAAACGUGGCAAGGCAGUUUCGCCGGGUUCAAUGAAUAUGCCAACGAUGAAUAACUGGGACAUGAACCAAGCGUUGUCGCCUUACCUCCCACCGGAUAUGAACACCAUUGCAAGUGGCUCCAUGAUCUCAUCGUACAACCAAAGUGGGCAGAAUAGGAACUCUGGGUCCAACAGCCAGAACUACGAUUUCGGGAUGAACAAUGGCCCUGGGAGCAACGAGUUCGCGGGCAACGGCCCACUGUCACACCUCAAUGACAGCGUCAAUUCGUUGGAUCCACUUAACGCGAUGGAGAAAAGUCUCAAUGAACAGAUGCCGCAUACACCACACACACCUCACACCCCCGGGUCAGCUCACACGCCCGGAGGCGGUGGUGGCGCGCACACUCCUGGUUCCUCCCACACGCCGGGCCCGCCGUCUGUUGGACAUCACAGUCUCAACGAGGUAGACAUCCCGGGAGAUCUCAAUUUCGAUCCUGCUGCCGUGAUCGAUGGCGAAGGCACAGAUAAUCUCAAUCUGUUGCCAGAAACAAGCGUGGAUCCCAUGGAGUUGCUCUCGUAUUUGGAUGCACCAGCCCUGGGUGAGUUACUAGCCACGCCGCCUUCAUCAUCAUCGUCUGCUGGAUCACAUCCUCCACGAGCGCCAUCAUCCGACGAUUUGCUGGCGUUAUUCGAAUAACUUUUCGCAAUGCAGAUCUCAGAAGAGGGGGCGUAACGAGAAAAUACCAGGACAAACAGCGCUGCGAAAGAAACUUUCCCACCGCUUUAAGGUAUUAAGUUUCCAAAAUGGCAAAAUUUGUUGUAGAAUGAGCAUACAAUUGUGCUCUUUGUAAUUCUGUGAUUAUUUUCUUUCGUAGUUAUCUCAAUUACAAGCGGUCAAUUUAAAGAACUGACAGUAUUAUUAAUGUUCCUCUGGUGAAGUCAAUUCUACCCACAAUUUGAUCAUUUUCUCGUUACGUCGAUAUUUCUGAUGUGAUUUGUAAUCUUUAAAUUAAGUGAGGAGGCGUUGGUUUAAGUCGCUUUCAGGCCAGCGAAGCCCGACAUUGUGAUACUAGAUUUUAGUUCCUUCUCUUUUGUGGUAAUGUUGAACAUACAAGUUACGAGUCACAAUAUCAGAUUGAAUCUCUGUUACCUAAAGGUACACAUAAUUGCAAUAAGCUUGUCAUGUUGAGCAUUAUUUCACAAAAACAUCGACGGAAUGUUGGUGUAGGGGAAAAUUUAGUGUAUAGGUAAAGUAUUGGGGCGGCCAUAAACACUGCGGUGUUGUGCAUGUAUAGUUCCUCGCACCGCCGCGCAAAUCGGUGGCGCUACUGAGCUCCUUAUAUUCUAAACUCUAGCAUUAACUGUAACACAAAUCAUAGAUAAAUUCAAUUUCAUAAUCGAUAUGACAUAAUCUAUUAGAUUAUUGAUUUGUGUCUACUAUUUGCCGAUCUUUGUAGAGUGUAAAUAAUGGGGAGUAAUUUUAUUUGUGCUAGUUGUUUUGGUACUGCCAGCGGUGUCGAUUGCUGCGAUUUGUAAAUAUAUGAUUAUAUUAAAACGUAUCGUACGUCGCCCGCUCGGAGGCAUUAUGAAUCUUAUAGUUCCUAUUCGAUGCGAGCGAACUAUAAUGUUCAAUUGCCAUUUAGGUUCUGUAAAAUAUUCCUUGACGUUUUCGCAUAUUCUGCAUUUUUAUAGUAAGAUAUGAUAGGAUUACUGAGUAUAGCGCUACUCGCAUAAUGGGUGAUAUAUUAAUCUAAAUGAGUUGUUCGAAAUCAACAAAUAAAUGGUAACAAAUUAGUUACAAAACUAUAUUGUAAAUGUGAGUGCAAAAAUGAACUCUGUUAAAUUAUUUUGCGUUAUGUGAAGGGAAGAAUGAUAGAAAUAUAUUUUAAUUUCUAUAUAAAUAGUAAUGAACUGUAUUAUUUGUAAAUAUGAUUCUAGUUAAGAAUAUUAUAUUUCCUAGUUAUAUUUUAGAUCAACAUGGCAGAUACUUAUAUGACGGCCAGUUUAGUAUAGUAUUACUAAAAUAUAAAGUCUACACAUGGUUUUACAUGUACAUAAUACAAAAUACCGUAUAAAACAUGGCUGCAUGCGUUCAGAGUACAGGAAAUAUUCAAGAUAAUUAUUACCUUAUAUAACGAUUGACAGAUUUCAAGUUAUAUUUAGAAUGUACUUAAAAUAUUUUAUACUUCAUUUUAAAAUUUCAGAGGCGUGACUUUAUGUAAGUAUGUUAAAAAUUAAUUGAAAAAUCUUGACCAUUUGCAUAACGCUAUGUUCAACUGCUGAGGCGUUAUCUACUUGAAUAUCUAAGCUGUGCUCUGAAACGCAUCUUUUUAAAGUGCAAAUAUGCCAAUAUACAUAUAUUAGUAAAUUGUCACAAAUCUUUGCUCAUCUUAAUUUUAUUUGAAGUUUAUGGUUCUGUUUUUCAAGGUUUCAAAUCGCCCUUUUUGUUGUCUGAAUACUGAAAUAUGUUGGCAAGAAACAGGGUCUAACAUAAAGGACUAAACAUCAUGAACUUAUUUAACUUGAAAAAGAACACGCGGUUUAUGCUAUAUAUCGAUCGGAAAAUUACUUGUUUCUCUAUUCGUUUACCUACCUUCACUUAAAGGUACUUACUUUUGUACGGAACAUUUGACAGAACUUUCAAUUAUCCGUUGCCUUUUUAAAAAUAGCUCUCUCUAAUCAUGAGUGUAAGCUUCGGAGCCUGGUAUCCGCUUUCCUAAUUUUCUCGUUCCACUUCUUCCGGUCUACCGUAUCAUCAGUUCUAUGACCAUCGGCAUGCAUAUCAUCUUUGGCGAUAUCCAGCCAAAAUUUUUCGGUCUUCCCUUUCCCUUCCCGGCGGAGGUGGCAUGGCCAGACAAUUAUUCCCCAGAUAUUCUGCAGGCUUCUGCAAGACAUGGCCGUUCCAGCGUAUGCGGCGCUUUUGCAUUAAAUCUGCUAUAUAAAGGCUGCCGCGCAUGCGGUUAUUCCUAACGCGAUCUCUUCGGGAAACUCCGUCUUAUGCCAUACAUCAGGCCAGGUUUAAUUAUUGAUUUAUAUUCCUGCCACUUUUGCCUUUUUGAAAAUAUCACUGUACAGUAAUUGAUCUGUAGAAAUACUUUGAGCAAUAAUGGAUGGAUAAUGUAUUAAUUGAGAGUAUAUAUACAUAAAAUAUAUAUAUCUAUGUUAAUAAUAUGAGAUUUAAAAAAAAAAUAACAAAAUGAAUAAAAAUUGUGAUGAGCAUAGAAUUGGCAAAAGUCUUGUUUCACAUAUUUUCAAAUGUUUAAUUUAGUUUUUGGCGUCUUAUUGCGUUCUAUAAAAAAAAGAUUCGUUUUCGUUUUAUCUUGUCAAUGCACAAUAUUCAUGAUUUCUAAAUGGAAUAAAGUUCCCAAAAUCCAAUGAUCAGUCCUCCAUUAUUCAUUUAGAUGUUGUAAAAUUUUCUUACAUACCUACUUAUAAAGUUUUUAAAUAACAGUUUAAAUAUCUCUAACUAAGAGUUGUACGUAAACUGUCAAUCCUUUCACUAACUUAUGUAAAAAUUGGUGAUUUGCGCAUCUUUACUUCGUGCUAUGAAUAUGGACGCCUCUUUAGAGUUAGUCAUCUAUUACGAAAACAAUAAAAUUAGUAUUAUAAAAGCUGUGGCCAGUUAGUCAAACACGUGGAACGACAACCGAGUAUAAAGCUACCUAAUGGUACUCGUAUUAAAGAAAUAAGAAAAAUGACUACAUUUGUAUGUCUAAUUGAUCACGGCUUUAAGAUAAAAAUACAUAAUUAUAAGGGACCUUCAAUUCCAGUUAGCUAGUUCUAUUUAUUGUAGUGAAAAUUGACAUUGGAUAGAUCAUCUUCACGAUUUUUGUAAGACCAAAUAGUACUUUUUUACUUGUAUACCUGUUUUAGGUAAUUAAAAUAAUGAAUUUGUUUGUAUAAAAUCAAAAAUAUCACAAAAAAUGUAUAGCAUAUCACAUUUAAAAUACAAAAAUCGAUUUUUGUGAUCUGUCCAAAGUGUACAAUGAUUACAAUAUAUUUUGUUGGAUAUUAUAAUGAGCUGCUGUGGAGUAGAUUUUGUGCUGGUACAAAUAAGAUGCAGCAUUUGGAAAUAAGUGAAAGAAGAAUUCUAAAUAAGGUAAUGCAACCCAUGACCCAGAGUUGUUAAAAGCCAAACUGUACGGUAGGAUAAAUUUUUAACUUCAUCUGAACAUUUUAGUAAUCUGGCUGAUCCACUGAAAUUCAUUUUGAAAUGUGUAAAAUGAAAAAAAAACAUAACAUUUUUAUGUUAUUGAAAAUAAAAUGAAUUUAAAAAUUA